CACUCCAUAGUCCUUAGUUCCUUACAUGCCAAUUAUCUUCAAUGAAAUAGUCAUUUUAAUUAGCUUAAAUUGUGCCCCUAAAAAAGAGGCCAUUAUGAGUAACCUGUUUGUUACAAUAAUAACAACCAUUGCGGUGGCGCAAUUGGAAGCAGCUGCUGCUGCUCAUAUGAGAGCGGCGGUGGAAGCACAUAAAGUUACAGUUAACAACGGUGGCGGCGGCGGUGGCGGAUGUAACCUGUUUGAAGGGCAAUGGGUGGAGAACGCAUCAUACCCUCUGUACAAAUCUUCACACUGCCCCUUCAUUGACCCUCAAUUCGACUGCAUUGGAUAUGGCCGCCAUGAUACUAAGUUCUUGUCACAUGCUUGGAAACCUGCCGCCGAUUCUUGCAACUUGCCCAGGUUUGGUGGUGUGGAUUUGUUGAGAAGAUGGAAGGGGAAGCAGAUAAUGUAUGUGGGCGACUCACUGAGUCUUAACAUGUGGCAGUCCAUGGCCUGCAUGCUCCAUUCCUCCCUACCCCAACCCACCGAUAUCUCCUAUCACAGGGACGCGGCCAUUCCCAAUGUAACCUUUGUGGACUAUGGAGUGACAUUAUAUCUCUACCACUCAACUAAUUUGGUGGAUAUAGUGCGUGAAAAGGAAGGCAGAGUCUUGAAAUUGGAGUCCAUUGAUCAAGACGGUGCCGCACUUUGGAAAACAAUGGAUGUGCUGAUCUUCAACACUUGGCACUGGUGGACUCACACCGGAAAGUCUCAGCCAUGGGAUUUUAUACAAGUAGAUUCUACACAUAUGGUGCGAGAUACGGACCGUUUGAAAGCAUUCGAGAAAGCAAUCACAACUUGGAGAAACUGGGUUGUUGAAAAUGUCAAACCUUCCAAGACCAAAGUCUUCUUCCAAGGAAUUUCUCCUUCUCAUUAUAUGGGUAGUGAGUGGGGUUCGACAGCAAACAAGACCUGCAGUGGCGAGGAAGUGCCAGUUCAAGGAUCGACGUAUCCAGCCGGAACACCCCAACCCGCAAAUGUGGUGAACAAUGUGUUGAGAGGAAUCCUUAAUCCGGUUUAUCUGCUCAAUAUUACUCUUCUAUCACAGUUAAGGAAAGAUGCACACCCUUCCUAUUUCAGCGGAAAACACCCAGGACUGGAUUG